AUGUCGUCAACCAAUGAAAGCCAACAGCAAGCAUUUCGCUCACUGAUCGAAUCCGUUACCAAUGUCGAUACUGGCUCGAGUGGUCCGAAGACAAAUCUUUCACCUGAAGCAAUUCAAAGGCUCUCGGAGAGGCUGAGUGAAAUCGUCGGAUUCGAUGCCAUCCAGGACUUCACUCCGAAAAGAAACGAACGUGGAGAGCUGGUCAACGAAGAGGGCUUGCCCAUCGUCGACAUCACAGAGCCGGUCCCUGGAAAUGAAUCAGAGGAAUUAAUCUUUAUGGACCGCGAUCCAAUUGUAAAGUUGGACCAAGUUGCCCCAUCUGUUCGUGAACGUCUAAGCCAACAUCGCGAACGCCUACUUGACAUGCUCGAGGCCGAGGAACGCGCAGAAGAGGAGAAAGAGAGGGAGAAAGAGAGGGCAGAGAUUGCAGAGAUUGCAAGGAAACGGGCUGAAGCCGCUGCUAACGAGAAGAAGCGCCUCGCGGCUGCUAAGGAGAUGCAGAAAAGGAUGGGAAAGGCUCUCAUCAAAAACUUGGGUGAGUCGAGAGCGAAGGAUGAGAGGGAGAAGGAGAUUCAAAGGUUGAAGGACGAGGAAUCUGACGCGAAACGGAAGGCCGCUUCUGCGUCUGUCGCAAAAAAGACGGUGACCUUUGCUCCGGGAGUUGCUUCAGGGGACGACGAGUAUAGGGAACAGAGUUGGGGCGAUGUCAUCCCAGGCCAAUUGAAACCAGUCAGUAGACCCACGAUGAAAAUGAAUGUUGUCGAACGAGUUCCGGUCAGCAAACCAUUGCGAAGUCCUUUACCGCCUACACGGUCAGAAAGGGAUUCGGACGACGAAUCGGACUUAGACGACCAGUCACUGGAUGGUGGCUCAGAUCAAGAGCUAGAAGAAGAGACGGACUUGGACUAUGCAUCUCUGCAGCGACAGGUCGAAUUGGAAUAUCUCCAGAAGCGAGCUGCGAUUGGACAAGCCGCCGCUACAGCAAUGCAGGAACUUUCAUCGCAAACUGAAACACCUGCAACUGAGACGGAAGAAAGCGUCGGUAUAUCCUUCAAAGAAUCACAGAAACCGGCCGUUUCGCAGUUCAGAGCCAACAAACUCGCCUCUGCCUACGGAGCAAGUAACCCGACCUCGGUGGUACCUGUAGCAACCGCUAAAACGAUCCAGAAAUCUAUCCGGACGGGGAAGCUCGACGAAGACGGAAAUCUCGUAGGAGGAGAGGACGACAGCGCGAGCGAACUCGAAGACGAAGGGAUGCAAGAGGUCCUUCAGCUUCUCAGGAAGGGGGAGGUUUACAAUCUGGGACCGAAUGGAGAGUAUAUCCACACCGUGCAUCCUCAGGACGCCGCACGUGGGACUGGCACAUCGUCUGCACCCCGAGUCGACGACCCCUCAAAAACUCUGCCUCCCCUGAACACUAAGAAUCCUGUAUCCAAGUUCAAGGUUUCAAGAGCAGCAGCCGGGCGACCUUCAGACUCGGUACAAAGUCUGUCCCCUUCGCCCACGCCUGUCAGUGAUUUAAACCGGUCGUCUCCAAAAACCGCGUCUCCGACAGCACAAGCUGCACCGAAGCUUUCCGAAGGACUUUCGACAACGUCCCUUAACCCAAUGUCGAUGAUUGUGGAUUCAUCUUCCUUUGCACCUUCACCAGGAUCAUCGACCAGUCGUGCAUCAUUCUCUAUGAUCGUCGAAUCCCCAUCCUUCCCUCCAACGGGAGGAAUGAAAGGCCCUAAUGGGACUUUCACUACCCCUGUUCAGGGAUCGCUUCCUCCAAGAACGUCGAGACCGGAUCGGCCCCCUACAGUUAUUGCUUCUACUGUUCGUGAAUCCAAACCAAUCACAAAACCGCCUGCACCAAGUUCCGAAUCUUCUACCCCGGCCAAGGUCUCAAAGUUCAAACGAGACCGCACGCGAUGA